AUGGCAGCUCCUCACACAGAUCUCAUCAACUACCAUGCAUUUCAAUCAUCGCAAACAAUUUCCAUGCUGGCUGAUCUCAACGAUCACUCAGCUGGAUCAGUUCAUGAAGUGGACGCAUUCAGGGUGCCAUCGAUCGAGCGUGCAACAUCCCACCAACUUGCGAUUUUGGUAGUUGGCAACAAACACUUCCGUUUGCCUCUCGAAUGCCAUUCCAGAAGUCAAUUCCAACCUAGUGGGCACACAAUGGAACUCAAAAAUCGUAUGCAGCAACAUCACGCAGCAUCGUGGAUAAGCAUAAAUGUUGUGAAACUUCAGAACUACGAAAUUCCGCGCAUGUUCGACAUCUCUCACAGGCCCUCUGCUGAUGGACAUUGCCGCCUUGAACGCACAGUGAGGCCUCGUGAGUGA